UCAAAUAGAAAAUAUAUUUUUCUAUUUAUAUAAUUUAUUUAUAUGUUUGCACCAAUUUAAUUAUAUAAGUAGUAGAUAAUGACUUUUUAAUUAUUCAAUAUAUAUUUAUUAUUUCAUAAUAUGUUAUAAACAUAUAAUAUAUAAAACAAUUUAUAUAUAUAUAAUGUUUAUUCCGCGCAAGGCGCGGAUCUUAACCUAGUAUAUCAUAUAAGUCAAAGUGUUGACAUUUACUUACAUGUGCUUAUAAAAAAAAUUCUUAACUUCUUAAAAUAAAAUUUCUUAAAAUGUCAAUUUUAUAGACAAUGAUUUCUGGUAAAUUUACCAUAUCUAUAUUUAGUAACUUAUGAAUUAUGAGGCAUUGGUGUUAAUCAUGGCCUUAGUAAUGGAAAAAAAUAGGAUAUACACACUCUCACGAAAUUUUAUCAUCCUCAUAAAGGUUUUUUUUCUUGCUGACUUCAUGAGUGGAUUAUUAAAUAACAAUCAUAAUAAAUUCAAAUUUCACAAUUAAACCAUUAAUGGCAUAUGAGUUUGCUUUUUUAAUUGUCAUGUUUAGUCCCUAGAGGAUGGUCAUUAUAAGGACGGCCCGGCGGUGACUGGAAACGCGUAAAGGCUAAUCAUUUAACUUUCAUUAGUUUAAUACGUCAUAAUGAUCUUAGUAAACGAACAGAUAAAUUAGGGCAUUAAUAUCAAAAUGUGUCAUUCAAUUUUGUAUGUAUAGUAUUGGAAGUUUUUGAAAACAUCCAGUACUUAGAGUUAGAUUUAUUGUUGUAUGUGUCAUGUGUGAAUGCACGAUUAAUGAUGGGUGACUUAUUUUUAAAGAACAAUUGCAAAUAAUAGCAGAUUGAUUUAUUAGAGUCAUAUUAAAAAAACAAUAAAAAAGAAGUUGCCUCACAUGUCUUAACCAACAUUUACUAAAACUAUGUUUAUGUCUGGGCGGUCAAAAAAGUCUAACUAGUUUCUGAUUCUAUUGUCACACUUUAUUAUUCUUGGGAUAAAAUGUCGUAAGAUUGUUUAUCUAUAUAUACCUCUCAACAUACCCAUUGCUUCUCCAAACACAUCUCAUCACUUUUCAACAGCUUAAAGUCUUAAACACUAAAUCAAGAUCUCUUUGUCUCUCUUUUUUUCGACCAUAAUCUCUUUGACUUAAAAUCAGAAAAGAUGAAACAGCUUUCGACAAAAGUGACAAGCAAUGGUCAUGGACAAGACUCAUCCUACUUCUUGGGAUGGGAAGAGUACGAGAAGAAUCCUUACGAUGAGAUCAAGAACCCUAAUGGUAUGAUCCAGAUGGGUCUUGCUGAGAAUCAGCUAUGCUUCGAUUUAAUCGAGUCGUGGUUAGCUAAGAACCCAGACGCAGCUAGUCUCAAGAGGAAAGGUCAAUCCAUUUUCAAAGAGCUUGCUCUCUUUCAAGACUAUCACGGCAUGCCUGAAUUCAAAAAAGCAAUGGCUGAGUUUAUGGAAGAGAUAAGAGGAAAUAGAGUCACGUUCGACCCGAAAAAGAUUGUUUUAGCCGCCGGUUCGACCUCUGCGAACGAGACUCUCAUGUUUUGUCUUGCUGAGCCUGGCGAUGCUUUCCUCUUGCCUACUCCUUACUAUCCUGGAUUUGAUAGAGAUCUUAAAUGGAGAACUGGAGCUGAGAUUGUGCCAAUCCACUGCUCAAGCUCUAAUGGCUUCCAAAUCACGGAAUCAGCUCUACAACAAGCUUACCAACAAGCCCAUAAGCUUGGUCUCAAAGUCAAAGGAGUUCUUGUCACCAACCCAUCUAACCCACUUGGCACUGCGUUGACCAGACGUGAGCUCAACCUUCUCGUUGACUUCAUCACUUCCAAGAACAUUCAUCUCAUUAGCGACGAGAUCUACUCAGGCACUAUGUUCGGGUUCGAACAGUUCAUCAGCGUGAUGGAUGUCUUGAAAGACAAGAAACUUGAAAACACCGAGGUUUCUAAAAGAGUCCACGUCGUUUAUAGCCUUUCCAAGGAUCUUGGACUUCCUGGUUUCCGCGUGGGAGCGAUCUACUCUAACGACGACAUGAUCGUAUCUGCCGCGACAAAAAUGUCGAGUUUCGGUCUUGUCUCUUCUCAGACUCAGUACCUUCUCUCUGCAUUGCUCUCAGACAAGAAGUUCACAAGCCAAUACCUCGAGGAGAAUCAGAAACGGCUCAAGUCCAGACAGAAACGCCUAGUGUCUGGUCUUGAGUCCGCAGGGAUUACUUGCCUGAGAAGCAACGCCGGUUUGUUCUGUUGGGUCGACAUGAGACACCUCUUGGACACAAACACAUUCGAAGCAGAGCUCGACCUCUGGAAAAAGAUUGUCUACAACGUGAAACUAAACAUCUCGCCCGGUUCGUCCUGUCACUGCACCGAGCCGGGUUGGUUUAGGGUUUGUUUCGCUAAUAUGAGCGAGGAUACACUCGAUUUAGCCUUGAAGAGGCUCAAAACAUUCGUAGAGUCCACAGACUGUGGACGGAUGAUAUCAAGAAGCAGCCAUGAAAGGCUCAAGAGUUUGAGGAAGAAGACAGUCUCUAACUGGGUUUUCCGGGUUUCAUGGUCCGACCGUGUACCUGAUGAGCGAUGAUUUAUUCAUCUCCCUAAGCUUGAGACGACAAACAAAAAAGCUUCAAGGUUUUUUCUUUUCUUUAUAUCCUUCAUUUUUUUUAUAUUUUGGAAAAAUAUUUUUCAUUUUCCAAGAUAUAUAUAAUAUCAUUAUAUAAGUGUAAUAUUCAUAAAUGUCUGAGUGAGUUUUUAUGCAAUUUUUCGUUCGGGUGUAAAUUGUUACUAUAAGUGUUGGUUAUACGUGUUUAAAAAUGCACUCAGUCCGAAUGUGGAUUUGCAGUGGCAAUAUAUAUAAAAUAUGUAUCCCGUUGUAAUUUUAAUCAAAAGUUUGCAUGUAUUGUGUAAUUAAUUCACUCUUUUAAUAUAUAAUAUUUAUUUGAUUUCGUAAAGUAUGUGCUUCUACCCUUUCUCAAAAAUGUGCUUCUUUAAUUUUGAUUAAUUUCUGAAUCAGUUGUGAUAUAUAUUUCUUCUUUGACGACAAUGAGUCUGUAAUGAUCGUUAACGUUAGUAAAGGACGUUAGUGAAGGCAAAUAUCAAGGAUGCCUAACUCAUUAUGUUAAAGUCUUGGACUAACCCUUUGACUUUGGUACGUUACGUUGCAUAAGAUUUUGUCCGAAAAAAUCCGAGUAUCCGUGACCUGUUCCAUUUUACUCGAAUAUUCAUUUUUUCUAAAUAUUUGUGGAUCAUGCGAUUCGAUUUUAUUUGUUAAUUAUAUUAGAUAUUUUAUGUCAAAAUUUUGAAUAAACAUAUAUUAUUCUUUACAAAGCAAAAAAAAAAAUCAAUGUCACUUUUUAUAAUAUGAUUAAAUUAAUAAAUUAACAUUUUUAACAUAAAUUAUCAAACAAAUCAAAUAAUUCAAUGUAAACGAGUCUAAUAUAAAACAUAUGUAAGCAUUUGACUCAAAUAAAAAAUCAUAUUGGUAUGCAACUCAAUACUGAAAACAACAUGAAAACAACUUCAAAACUGACCAAAUUUACACUAUAAAAUGUAUAAAUAUACAUAACAUAUAUUAUAUAUCUAUAAACUUACGGAUUGAAUAGGAUAUUUGGCUUUUUCAAAAAUAUUAUUUGUUGUUUUUCUUUGUUGUUUAUGAAUAUCACAUUUUGAUAUUUGCUUUGCUCCAGAACUUUACAUAUAUCUAUAUAUUUUGGAUCGAAACAAUACAAAAAACAUAUGGAAUCAAAUUUAACGGAAAUAAGCCAGUCUUACCACGUCACAUCUUGUUUUCUUGAACACAAAUUUAUAGUCAUUAAACUAAGAGAAUCUCCAACAAGUAUCAGGAGGAGUUCUCGAUAUUAAAAAAAAAAAAGAUAAUAAAAUUAAGAUAGAAAAGGCAAAAGUUCUUAAUUUAGAGCUUUUCAGAAUCUGUCUACAUAUUUAAGGACAUAUGUCAUGCUACCAAAGAAAAUAAAUGAUUUAUCUAGUUUUAAGAAAAUGAAACAAAAAUAAAUGAUUAUAAUACUAAUGUUUUUUUAAAGAAAAUUUUAUGGACUCUAACCAAUGGAAGUGUUCUAACUUUUCUAUUAAACCAAACUAGAUUCACUAGGUGAUGUAUUAUGUAUUAACUUUUCUUUUCAGGUCACAAGUUUGAAUACCAACGACCAAGAAUAUUAAUUAAAUUAACCUAAUCUAAUCUAUGUUAAAAUAUUACAAACCUUUUUAAAAACAAAAAAUACUAUAAAACUAAGUUGUCGAACUUAUGUGUUACCAAAAAGACUAUUCUGUUUACCAUUGGCCAGAAAAAAAAAAUUAAUCUACCUCAUUUAGGCAUUACUCUAUGAGAUAUUUUCAAGAUAAUUGCUUGGAUUCCAGAAGGUGAUAGUCAUAGUUCAUAUUUGGUUUUCUUACUUCCUAACCUUUUGUAUUAACUUAUUUUGGAUCCCUCUUAUAGGGACAUCACUUAAAUCAGUAGUUCAUGGAGCCUUAAAGAUUUUCCUAGUGAAUCUGGAUCAGAUUACAAAUGUAUCCGUCAUCAAAUGCCAAUGAUAUUGACAUGAUAUUGUAAGAUUUACCAUACGAAUAUAAAUGAAUUGCGUAAAUAAAAGAAAUGUUUUUGAUGAUUAUUUUUUCAAACUUGAUGAUGAUGAAUUUUUCUUAAAUAAUGUAACUGAUAUAAUCAAGUCUGAAGGAAUGAAAAAGUCUUUUUUUUUAAAAUAAAAAAAAUCUUGUGAAUAGUGAAAAAUUCAAAGAUUAUCAUUUUUUUUCUUCAAAUAGAUCACCAAGGGAAGCCCAAACAAUUUGCAAGAUGCAGUAUUUUUAUUUUUCUACAACAUAUAGAAACAUAGUCUAAAUUUUGUCAGAAUAUAAAGAAAAUUUAAAAUUGUGCCAAUUGAUGUACAUACGAUUAACGAAAUCCGUAAUUUAACUUUUUAUUUUGCUAAGUCCUUACGAUUAAGUAAAAAGAAAAAAAAAGAUUGAUAUAGCAAAAUAAUAAGAUGAACAAUCGAUCUGUACUCCAAUCCAUUUAAAACAUAUAUUGGAUCAUUUUACAACUGUUUAAACCUAUACAAUGAUCGACUCUUAAAGCGAUGCUAACAAAUACCAUGGUCCAAUGAUUAGAUAUUUAAAAAAUAUAAAUGCAAUUCCAAUCAUAAUUACUAAAUGUCUAAAUCAAUUAUUUGGGAAAUGUUAGAAAUUUAAGUCUCCAAUCAUUUAAAGAGAAAAUGCACUAUAACCAUUUUCUUUAUUUUGUGUAAUUUAUUUCAGGAUGGAUAAUAAAGUAGGACAAAGUGUCGUAUCAUAGGCUAAUCAUUAUAUAAGAUACUGGUCAAAGAUUAUGAUGCCAAGGACAUGUUUAUUGCAGGUCUCUUAAAUUGAAGUUCUUAGCAUAAUAUAAGAUACGGUCUCUUAUUUUUUAACUAAAAAAAGUUAAGAGACAUCUUUUAUAUUUAUCAUUUAAGAAACAUUUCUUAGCUUUUUAUUUAAGAGCUAAGAGACCGUAUCUUAACUUAGAACCCGAACCUAAGAAAGAUGUAAUAAACAUGUUCUACGUCUACUAUAGGAUAGAAUAUAUAUAAAAUAUAUACUACUAAAUAAUAUAUAAAUCGCAAAUGCCAUGAGCUUUGCUGGUACUACUACGAAGACUACGAACUAUAUAAAUACAACUUUACUAACCGAAAUUUUAUUUAACUUGACCAUGAUACGCGGCUAUACCGGCCGUAACGGCAAAUGAUCCUUACAUGUGAAGAGCAUUAACUUGGUGGUUGAGUCCCCAAAAAAAUCUGUCUGUCUGAAUUAAUAAAUACUAGGUGAUAACCCGCGCUCUGCGCGGAAUAAAUAGAUUUCAAAAUAUUACACUUUUAAUAUGUAGACAUAAUAAAAAUUAAAGUCAUAGCAAAAAAUACUAUAUGUUAUAAAGUAAGGGUUAGACGAAAUUUAAUAUGUCAAUCUAAAUUAAGCUGCAAAAAUUUUGUUUAAAAAUUGUAUAUUUAUUUGCAUAAAAUAAAUUAUAAAUAUAAAAUAAAACAAAACAUAAACAAUAGACUAAUAAAAUAUAAAAGAAACAAUGUCUUGAAUGGUUUCAAAUCGGAAACAAAGUUAAAACCAACCAUUUGAUUGCUUGAGAGAAUGUUUUGAUAUGAGCAAAGUCGAGAAGAAAAGUGUGGUGAGUUUUCUGAAUUAUAGAAGCCGUAUAUUUAUACUAAAAAGAAAUCGCCGUGUGGUCAUAUAGAUUCAAAAUAAUGGUCGUAACUAAAUCGAAUAUUACACAUAACUUGCGCUCCAAUCUUAGUUGAGAAUUACUUUAAUAUUGUAAAUAGUUAAUGCAAAUUUUCUUUUAUCAAUCGCAAUUGAACAAAUUCAAAAAAAUUCACGAUUAUUAAUUGAUUACAAUCAUUUGAACCUUAAUCUACGUUCCUUAUAUAUAAAAGUCAAGUCCUUGCAAAUCACGUAUUAUUACCAUCAGUUUACCAAAUUUGUAAUUUAAAAAUAUGUCAAAGUUAUUAGAAGUUUUCUUUUUCCCAAUCAUCAAUCAAUUUCGUCCUUGCAAAUAACAUUUGAAUCAUGGGCAAUUUGCUCCGCCAUUAUUUGCAUUAUGCAAGUUGGCGUUAAAAUCUUAAUUACGAUAGAUCACCUAAGGUAAGUUUUUAUAUGUGUAUGCCAGAAAAUCGUAUUGUACCUUAGUUUCUACAAUCGCAAGGCGGAGAUCAUCUAACAAUUUAAUGAAACGGGGCAAGUAUAUGUCAUAUGCAUGGUUCUUCUGUUUCAUUAUUUUAAGAAAAAAAGUUUUUUUUUCUUGAUAUAUUUUUAAGAGAACAAAUAUUUUUUCGCAUUUUUAAGAAAAUCAAUCACUUGAGCACGUAUUGAUCAUCAAAUACUUUUAGGAUUUUACAGAAAAACAAACUUUGGUUGAUAAUUGCACAUUAAUUUUUCGCAUCUAUAUUUAUUUUUGAAUAAAAAAUUAGACCACUACGUAUGUCAGUAAUUUUUUUGUAUUGAAACAAAUUAAUGAAAAAACUUCAGUCAAGGUAAUUAACAUAAUUUUAAAAUCUUUGAUAUAAUACGUAGAACUUCGGUUAAGGUAACUAACGCAAGAAAUAAAUGAUAAGAUUUGAUGUAAUACGUAUCAACGUAUAUAUGUGACAAAUGUAGACAAAACUAAAGUAAUUAUAAUGUUUUGAUCAAUGGCAUGUUGUGUAAUUACUCUAGUUAACAAAAGAGUUUUAAAUAGAAUAGGUGAGAGAGCUUGUGGAGUUGCCACAUAAGAAAUGGCACACUUGUAAUAAACACAUGAACUAAAGGUUAUUUAUUUUUAAUGCUCCUCAAAUAAUAAGAAAGGGAUUUCGAUUAAAAAUGUAAUCGAUAUACGUAUAUGUACUUUGAGAAAUAAUAGAUUGAGAAUUUGGUUGGAUUUUCUUUUUUGCUAAAUAUGUGAAUAUCAUUAAAAAUGAAAGAUUAGUCUACAAAUGUAGUUAAUCUAUACAAAACAGAGGAUUGAUAAACUUAGACAAGAAGGAGCUCGGAAGAGGUCCAAGAUGGAUCCUAUGAGUGAACUCAAAGGAUCAGAUAAGCCAUCUACACAUGAGGUCCUUGAAUUUGGUUGGAUUUGAGAAUCCGUGAUGAGUAAUAUUGAUUAAGUCAUGUACUUAAAAGUCUUCAUUGCAUAUGACCGACCAUAACUAUACAAACUGAGAUUUAUAUGUAGUCGUUGUACCAGAAACUUUCAUCGUUUAUCAUGGUCUUUACUCGCAAAAUAAUAUUAAGCAACAUGGAAUGAUAAUAUCAUAUUAUAAGAAUUAAAUCGGUACGUCAACUUAAUUAGUUGCAAACUAAUCAUAUAUAAUUUUUUAAUGGUAUAUCGUUAUGAUGUUAAAAUUUAUGAACUGUUUUAAAUUAAUACGUCAAUGUUGAUUCCAAGAAUAGUGUAAACCUAAUGUAACGUCGCUAAGUAAAUAAAUAAACUUAAUUUAAAUAAACUUAAUUUAAUGUCAUGAAACUUAAUAAUCUGAAAAUCAGUUCCACCAGUAAAGACUCAUAGUCAAGAACUUUGAGCGCAGGCAAUUAACUAAAAUGGGCAACAAAAAAAAAUUAUUUUAAAAAUGAAUGUUAAAAUGAGCAAACUUAACAAAUUAUAUAUUGAGUGGAGUUUUCUUCAAACGGUUUUAAGGGGAUUCAACUUUCAUGACGUGUGAUAGAUUCGAUAAUAUAAAGCGUAAGGACGGCCUCAUACUUGUUACCUGUCGAGUUUCUUAACUCAUCAAGGGCUUUGAAUCAUAUUCAGUUUGGUUAGGACUUAGGACCCAAAUUCUUUUAAUAUAUAAAUGAAUUUCUGUAUCAACGUAUUGCUUAUGUAACAUCCAGAGUUUGAACCAAGCUUUGAGUCACGUGGGCUUCAUGAGUAAGGCCAUAGAACUGCACAUGCCAUGACACAAAAAGAUAUAACAUCUCCUACAUAUAUACACAUAUAGUGAUCAAAAUGCAUAUGCUUUACAAAUAGGGCAAAUCAUUUGGAUUAGAAACUACAUAUACGCGUGGAACCGUUUGAUGUCCAUCAUAUAUGCAUGAGGGGGCCAUCUAUGCAUGGCAUUGCUACUUGCAUUACACAUAACACAUGCAUAAACAUAGACACAUAGUGAAAGAAACGGAAUUAAAACUUUAAAUAUUAUAUCAGCUUUAGUGUGGCAUGUGGGUCACGUUAACGUUUCUCGUACUUGAUGCAUAGCUUAUGAAUCGGGAAGUCAUUUAGCUUAUAAGAAGAUUGAGAGACGAGCAUAUUUCCAAUUUUGUUAUAUUUUAUUACAGUCAUUUAGCUUUAAUUAGUGUUGGUGCUUCGUAAAUUCAUCUACUUAAUAUGUGCACGAUCAAGAAGAUUCAUCGCACAUUUGUUACUUAACAAACAAGAACCAAAUCACACAAAGAUUUGUUUCUUUGGCUUAGAUGCACCGGCAUGAAUUAUAAUAUAAAACGAUUGAUUAAUGCUCAUGUAGUUUAUCAAUGUUCAUCUCUUCUUCCCAUAUUUUUGAACCUUUGUUACUCCUAAAUAAUCUCCUUUUAAUUUAUUUUUAUUAUUUGACUUUUUAUUUAUUGUUCUUACAAAGAUAAUAAAUUUAGUCGGCUCUUCCUGCCUUUCAAUCUAAGUAUUAAUGACAUAUGAUGCUUAAUUCUCAAAUUCAAAACUACCACUUGAGUCUUUACUUUAACUAGUCACCAGUGGGGUCUUUUUGUCGUCACUAAUGGGCUUUUAUGGACCUCACAAGACACAUUUUGUUCAUAUCUAAGAAUGUGCUUAUAUGUUUUCCAUUUACAUGGCUUUAAUGGGCUUUACUAUUGGUUUGAAGCGAAAGGAAGCGUUGGACUCGAAGACAAAUUUAUUGGAUAUUUUGAUCUGAAUUUUAUUAAUAAAAAUAGUAAGAAAGAUAUUGCGAAAAUAAUUAGUGAAAAUAAUAUUUCAGUAUUUUAUUUAAAAGUAGUGGAAAUUUUCCCGUAUCCAUCUUUUUUUCUCCAUAAGCAGAUAACAAGAAAUAGCCAAAUCUCAUGAAAACAAUAUAAUUAAUUAAUUAAUUAAAAGUUAAGAACACGUAUAAAACAAUCAGACGACGCGACAUUACUCCCAUUCCCACAAUACAACAUUUCAUUAUUUUAUGUAAUAAAAACAAAAACAAAAACACAAAGUUGAAAGAUGAUUGUCAUUAUAAAAAUAGAAA